CAUAGGUAAUGUCAAAAUCGAGUUUCCCAUAAAUUCGUCUGAGCCGAUUUUCGAUCAAGUUAAGCGUAAAAUAGUGAAAUUCAUACUAUUUAUUGUAUAUUUAAAGUACUUUGGUGUAUAUCAAGUGUAUUAGUUUAUUAUUUGCUCGUGUAAAACAGUGUAAAUAUGAUUAAUCGCCAUUUUGCUACGAAUGUGCCCUGAAGGCAUAGCCAUUUUUCUCGAUUAGUGUAUUUUUCUUUUGUGAUUUAUAGACAGUUUUUAUCUACUACUGACGUGUGACGUUUUAUAAAAUUAAAAACAACAACUGUAGCUAAUUAAACAUACAAAAAUGGAGGAAGUCAAAGUGGAGACACCUCCUCAACCGGUCAUGAAGUUCAUAAGUGUGACGAGUGAUGCUCUGACCGAGGAACAAAGAGAGAUGUACGAAUCAGUACUAACUACUUGGAAACCGGUCAUGUUCCCUAAACGAAUCAAACGCUAUAUCUGCAAUAAAUGCAAUAAGGAAUUCAAAAAUUACCAAAAUCUUUACCUACAUACUACAAGAGUGCAUUCUUCCGAAGAAUCCGCAGUUAUCUGCGAUAUUUGUGACAAAACGUUUAAGAAUAAACACUAUUUAUAUAUGCAUAGAAUGAACAAACAUUACUCGGAACUGGAAAAGUGCUACUGCCAAUUCUGUCUCCAAGAAUUUAGGACAAGAAGGGCUUUACAUAUGCACGUAAAAAGGAUCCAUCCGACCACCCUGCCUGAGAUUAAGUGCAACGAAUGCGGCAAAGAGUUUUCAGUACCUUACAAACUCAAAUACCACAUCGAAGCUUGCCACAGAACGGACAAAGAAAAGUACAAAUGCCACCUCUGUCACAAACUUUACAAAAACAGCUAAAUCUUAACCGACAUCUCCAUUUUCAACAUACUCCUGUACAACGACAUCCCUGCGUUUUCUGCAAUAUGACCUUUAAGUCCCGACAUCAUAUGAAACGUCAUGUAUUGAAUAUCCAUCCUCCUUUAGAGUCCAAAGUCACUUGUCCAGAAUGUCUGAAAGAGUUUAAAAAUGACCAGUAUCUUAAGGAGCAUAUGCAAGUACAUUCCUCGUUGGAUUCAAAGGUUAAGUGUGAUAUAUGCGACAAAUUUUUCCAUUCCGCGAUUCGUUUAAAAAAACACAAGAAAAUUGUGCACCCUUCUAAACCGAAAAUGCGUUGCGAAAAAUGCGAUAAGGAGUUUGCACAUGCCCAUUAUUUACGCAGACAUAACAACGCGGUGCACUUGGAAAUUGAUGAGACGGAGUAUCCGCAUUCUUGCGACCAAUGCGGCAAGAAGUUUAAGCUAAAGAAAUACCUGAAUAAUCACUUGCAAAGACAUGAACAACAGCAUCUAAAGAGAAUAUCCCAAAUGGUUAAGACGGUUAUGGGAGAUGAGAAAGAUGUCCCAGUUAAAAAGAGAGGGAGACCAAGGAAGGCUAGAGCUGAGAUUGAGUUCAUCAAGUGCGAACCGGUGUCUAGCUCCGAUUCGGAGUCAGGAGAAACGGAGAGUGAUUCGGAGUGAAAUUUUCGCAUAUUUCGAUAGUGAUUUGGUCCGUUUUGUGCAGUGCAGGUUUUGGGCAAAGUGUAAUGAAAUUAGGUGUCCCGUUUUUAAAACUGGAGUGGGAGAUGAUAGCGAGCCGUUGUAUAUAUGUGUUGAAGAAAUUUGCGAUGGAAAAGCG